AUGAGGGACCCUGCAACAUUAAGAGGCUUAAGGAAUAGGAUUCUUGAGAAAGCAAGUAGAGAGAAGCCAGGGCCUUGUCGAAGCAUCGUCCAAAAUGUGCUACAUCCUCCCGAGCCCACUUCGAGCGAUAGAAAAGAAUGCCUGUGGGAAUGGCCUUUCCUGCAAAAUAGAGGUUUGUUGCCUUCAUGUCCUACAGAUGUUCAAAAAGCCGUAAUUCCAUACAUAUUGGCAAAGGAGAGCAUCAGCGUCGUUUCAAAGACUGGAAGCGGAAAGACACUCUCCUAUGUUCUUCCAUAUGUCCAUAUUCUAGAAAGCGAAGAUAAAAGACUGUUGGUUGUCGUCCCUACAAGGGAGCUAGUUUCGCAGGUGAGCCAAGUGUUCAGAAAGUUCUCUGAAGAUGGGCUCAGGGUUGUAGAAAUAACUGGAGAGGUGAGUAUAGACUUGCAACGUCUUCAGAUUUCAGAGCCAUUCAACAUAGUUGUUUCCACACCUGGAAGGCUAAAGGAGCUUAUGAAAUUAAAGAGUAUUGGAGGAUUCGAAUAUGUUGUUAUUGAUGAGGCCGAUAGAUUGAUGCAGGACGACUUCGGGGGCGAUUUAGCAUUCAUACUGGAAGAAGCCAGAGCAGAAGUUGUUAGCCUUUUCUCUGCAACAUCUUUCGAAUGGGAUGGCGUAACAAAGAUUUCGGUUGGAGACGUCUCUGUCAGCGGAGAUGUAGAAGAGUUUUUCUUGUAUACAGAGAGGAAUGAGAAGCAGAGGGUUCUCGACGAAGUUUUGAGUUCUUGCAAAGAUUGGUUCAUGAGGAAUAUGGGUGUUGGAGAAGAACACGUAGAAAUAAAGAAGGUUGUGGUGUUCUGCAAUACAAUCAAGAUGUGUGAAAGCCUCCACAAAAGGUUUGGUGGGUCUCUUGUGCUUCAUUCGAAAAAGACAACGGAAGAGAGAAAAGCGGCUGUUGAAUCAUUGGAGGGAGAAAGGGCUGUUUUGAUAACUACUGAUCUUGGCGGAAGGGGGAUAGACAUAAAGAACGUUGACUUGGUGAUAAAUUAUGAUCUCCCCAAGACUGUUGAAGCCUACGUUCAUCGGUGUGGUAGGGCAGGAAGACAAAAGAAGGGGAUCUCCCUAUCGAUGGUAUGCCAAGAGGAUAGGGGACUACUUCCUAAGCUCAAAAGGUUGAUUGAAAGGAAGGGAAAGACUGUGCCUGAAUUUAUGAAUGUGAAAGAAGACAUCAUAUUAGACUGA